GAGAGUGAGAGAGAGAGAGAAGAGUGCACAGAAGGCGUGACAUUAGAUUAGAGGACAGAGGUGCCUGUUGGAGAGUCUACCAUUUGUAUUUGUGGACUAUGUGGGACAGCAUGUUCAUUCUUUAAGUCUGAACUCAGAAUCUCUUUGAAUUCCAGCUUUGCUUUUAGACAUUAUCAACGUAGUAUUGCAAGACAAAGAGGUCCAAUGAGAGAAUCGGUCAAACUCCAAUAAGAAGAAAUUAAAGACUUAGAUCGAGGGAUGUCUCAGCGAAAAGGACCACUUCUUACUCGACCUUUUCGAUUAAGGAAUGAAAUGGUUCGUGUGGGACUUGCUGAAUCUCUAUGCACAUAUGUAAUGAUGGUGUUUGGCCUUGGCUCUGUGGCGCAGGUCGUGACUGGACAAGGAGCAUUCGGACAUUACAUAAGUAUCAACCUGGGCUUUGGGCUGGGUGUUGCAAUAGGGGUUCACGUUGGAGGGAAAGUUUCAGGCGCUCAUAUGAACGCAGCGGUGUCCUUCGCCAUGUGUGCGUUUGGCCGCCUUGCAUGGAAGAUGCUCCCCCUCUAUGUAUUUUCACAGCUGUUGGGCUCCUUUUUUGCAGCAGGGACAGUUUAUGCUGUGUAUUAUGGUGAGGACACGUUGCAUGAACAAGAACAAUUGGUUCUGACCAGUUUGUCUUUUCACACUAAACGUUCUGAUUGCUUAUUGUUUGUGUUUGCAGAAGCAAUACAUGACUAUUGUGGUGGCAAUCUGACUGUAACUGGUGUAAAGGCUACUGCUAGUAUCUUUGCCACAUAUCCCGCACCUUACCUCUCCUUGUUGGGUGGAUUCAUUGACCAGGUAUUUGGCACAGCUAUGCUUCUGCUGUGCAUGAUGGCUUUGUCUGAUCAGAAAAACAAACCAGCCCCAGCAGGCAGCGAGCCGACCACCGUGGGUCUCUUGGUGCUACUCAUUGGCAUUUCUCUGGGCAGCAACAGUGGCUACGCAAUCAACCCCACCAGAGACAUCGGACCGAGGCUCUUUACGGCCAUUGCAGGCUGGGGCCCUGACGUGUUCAGGGCUGGAAAUGGUUGGUGGUGGGUGCCCAUUGUUGCCCCUAUGAUUGGAGGUGUACUGGGUGCAGGGCUCUACAAAGUCUUCGUGGAAUUUCACCACCCUGGAGAUUGUGCCGGACAGAUAAAAAACUUAGAGACGCUGUCGCUGGAAAAACAAAACAUCGACACUGAUGUGUGUGUGUGAGGCCCCCCAACUAAUGAGACAUAUGGAAAGUGUCAAGCUGAGUGCACAUGCGUACAUACCAAGACUACUCUGAUAGGACGAUCCAUAAAGAAUGACGCAAAAACAGGAAUUGGCUGACCAGUUCAGGCUGUACCCCACCUCUCACCCGAAGAUAGGUGGGAUACGCUCCAGCAUGCUCGCGACCUUAGUGAGGAUAAGCGGAACAGAAAAUGGAUGGAUGGAUACACAACCCCAAUUCCAAUGAAGUUGGGACGUUGUGUGAAACAUAAAUAAAAACAAUACAAUGAUUUGCAAAUCAUGUUCAACCUAUAUUUAAUCUAAUACACUACAAAGACAAUAUGUUGAAUGUUCAAACGGAUAAACUUUAUUGUUUUUAGCAAAUAAUCAUUAACUGAGAAUUUUAUGGCUGCAACACGUUCCAAAAAAGCUGGGACAGGUGGCAAAAAAGACUGAUAAAGUUGAAGAAUGCUCGUCAAACACCUGUUUGGAACAUCCCACAGGUAAACAGGCUAAUUGGGAACAGGUGGGUGCCAUGAUUGGGUAUAAAAGGAGCUUCCCUGAACUGCUCAGUCAUUCACAAGUAAAGAUGGGGCGAGGUUCACCUCUUUGUGAACAAGUGCGUGAGAAAACAGUCGAACGGUUUAAGGACAAUGUUUCUCAACGUAAAAUUGCAAAUAAUUUAGGGAUUUCAUCAUCUACGUUCCAUAAUAUCCUCAAAAGGUUCAGAGAAUCUGGAGAAAUCACUGCAUGCAAGGUCAAAAACCAACAUUGAAUGCCCGUGACCUUCGAUCCCUCAGGCGGCACUACAUCAAAAACCGACAUCAAUGUGAAAAAGAUAUCGCCACGUGCUCAGGAACACUUCAGAAAACCAAUGUCAGUAAAUACAGUUUGGCGUUACAUCUGUAAGUGGAACUUAAAAUUCUACUAUGCAAAGCAAAAGCCAUUUAUCAACAACACCCAGAAACGCCGCCGGCUUCUCUGGGCCCGAGCUCAUCUAAGAUGGACUGAUGCAAAGUGGAAAAGUGUUCUGUGGUGCGAAGACUCCACAUUUCAAAUUGUUUUUGGAAAUUGUGGACGUCGUGUCCUCCGGGCCAAAGAGGAAAAGAACCAUCUGGACUGUUAUGGUUCAAAGUUCAAAAGCCAGCAUCUGUGAUGGUAUGGGGCUGUGUUAGUGCCAAUGGCAUGGGUAACUUACACAUCUGUGAAGGCACCAUUAAUGCUGAAAGGUACAUACAGGUUUUGGAGAAACAUAUGCUGCCAUUCAAGCGACGUCUUUUUCAUGGACGCCCCUGCUUAUUUCAGCAAGACAAUGCCCAACCAUAUUCUGCACGUUUUACAACAGUGCGGGUUCGUAGUAAAAGAGUGGGGGUCCUAGACUGGCCUGCCUGCAGUCCAGACCUGACUCCCAUUGAAAAUGUGUGACGCAUUAUGAAGCGUAAAAUAUGACAACGGAGACCCCGGACUGUUGAACAGCUGAAGCUGUACAUCAAGCAAGAAUGGGGAAGAAUUCCACCUACAAAGCUUCAACAAUUAGUGUCCUCAGUUCCCAAACGUUUAUUGAAUGUUAAAAGAAAAGGUGAUGUAACACAGUGGUAAACAUGACCCUGUCCCAGCUUUUGUGGAACGUGUUGCAGCCAUAAAUUUCUAAGUUCAUGAUUAUUUGCUAAAAACAAUUAAGUUUAUCUGUUUGAACAUUAAAUAUCUUGUCUUUGUAGUGUAUUCAAUUAAAUAUAGGUCAAACAUGA